GAGGAAGAGAAUGGAAGGAAGGAUGAUCAACCGUGAUGCCCGUACUUCUCAAACUUGGUGCUGGGAGUCUGCUUAAAAAUAAGGAGGAGGAAGGAAAAGAAAAGGAGGAGGAAAAAAAAAAACCAAACCAGAAAGGAAAGGGGGGAAAAAAAGAUAGCUGGACAUGCCUCUCGCCCUCCGAGAUGAAGCAAAGUAGACAUUGUGCGUCCCGUCAGCCGUUGCCAAAAGCCGAAAGCGUCCGAAUUUGUAGCAACAGAGAGCUCUUUUUGAGCCCUGCAUAUAAUUAAGUCAAACACAAAGGAAGCUACUGAAUGGAGCUUGUCAAUCUCUGGAACAGGGUGGGUAAGACACUUUUUAAUUUCAUUCUCUCGUGGAGAGGGGUGUUUUUCACCCCCCAUAAUUGUUCUCGUCUUUGCGGCGGGGUCUAAAAAAAUGGACAAAUUCUCGUGUACCUUUUUGAAUGCUUCUGAACUUUAAAGGCUGUCCUACAGAGUCCUGCAUGCUGCAUUUAUGUGCCCCCCCAAACCCCCAACGACAAGUCCAAGAUUUGGCCCGAUGACUCUCUUUAUUUCUGCCUGUGCCCGUCCCCUUGCCCUUUUGCUGACAUAUGGUGUGAUGUAGAAUUUAUACGGAGAAAGGCAAGUGACCAAGUCAAAGAUUCAAUGGACUUUCUCAAGCACAUUGGGGAAUAUUCUCGCUAAUGGAUUUCCUUCUCAUUGGGGUCUGUUUAAACUGGCUGCUGAAAAAGCCCCCAGGGUUGAUCCUGUGUAGCCUGGGUGUUUUUUUAAAAAUGCUUCCAGCCGUGCACACUGGGUGUCCGCAGCUUUGCCGGUGCGAGGGCAGGCUCCUCUACUGCGAGUCGCUGAAUCUCACCGAGAUGCCGCACAACCUGUCGAGCGUGAUGGGUUUGUCAUUGCGGUACAACAGCCUCUCGGAGCUGCGUGACGGACAGUUCACCGGGUUAACGCAACUCACGUGGCUGUUUCUGGAUCACAAUCACCUUUACUCCGUCGAGGCGCAUGCCUUUCAAAAGCUCCGGCGGGUGAAAGAGCUCACGCUGAGUUCCAACAAGAUCACCCAACUGUCCAACAGCACUUUCCGGCCGAUGCCAAACCUACGCAGCGUGGAUUUAUCCUACAACAAUCUGCAGGCUUUGGAGCCGGACCUGUUCCACGGCUUGCGCAAGCUCACCACGUUGCACAUGCGGUCCAAUGCCCUUAAGUUUGUGCCUGUCCGGAUCUUCCAGGACUGCCGCAGCCUCAAGUUUCUCGACAUAGGAUACAAUCAGUUGAAGAGCCUGGCUCGCAACUCUUUUGCGGGCUUGUUCAAACUCACCGAGUUGCACCUGGAGCACAACGACUUGGUGAAAGUCAACCUGGCCCACUUCCCCAGGUUGCUCUCUUUGCACUCCCUCUGUCUCCGGAGGAAUAAGGUCACGCUUGUGGUGAACUCCUUGGACUGGGUGUGGAAGUUGGAGAAAAUGGACCUCUCCGGCAACGAGAUCGACUACAUUGAACCUCACGUUUUCGAAAGUGUACCUCACCUCCAGUCCCUUCAACUGGACUCCAACCGGCUCACCUACAUCCACCCCAGGAUCCUCAACUCCUGGAAGUCUCUUGUUAGCAUCAGCCUCUCGGCCAACGCCUGGGAUUGCGGCCGGAACAUCUGCGCGUUGGCCACUUGGCUCAGCACUUUUAAAGGCCGCUACGACAACAACUUGCUCUGUGCCACCCCUGAGUAUGCACAGGGCGAGGACGUCUUGGAUGCUGUCUAUGCUUUUCACUUGUGCGAAGACGCCACGGACCUCACCACCGAUGGGGACCUCCUCUCGGCUGGGGUCAACCACAGUGACCCGACGGCCGGCUAUAACCCUUCGACUCUGAACUCUGACCUGCAGGAGGCCGAAGGGGAUGGAAUCACCGACGUCAUGACCCCCACCGUCCCCAACGAGAAGACUGAGAACGCCGUUCAGAUCCACAAGGUGGUGACGGGGACCAUGGCCCUCAUCUUCUCCUUCCUUAUUGUGGUUUUGAUACUGUAUGUCUCCUGGAAAUGCUUCCCGGUCAGCCUCAGGCAGCUGAGGCAGUGUUUUGUGACCCAGCGUCGGAAGCAGAAACAAAAACAGACUAUGCAUCAAAUGGCUGCCAUGUCAGCCCAGGAAUAUUACGUUGAUUAUAAACCCAAUCACCUCGAAGGAGCUCUGGUGAUCAUAAAUGAAUAUGGAUCCUGUACGUGCCACCAGCAGCCAGCCAGGGAAUGCGAGGUGUGAUUUUAAUUCUGCUUUUGUUAUGUUGUUUUUUUUUCCAGUGGGGGAAAAUUUCACUCGGUGUGUGCUACCAAAUAGCAGUGAGCAAAUUAUUAUUAUUAUUAAAAAGAAAAAGACAAUUCAAUAAGGGUUGACUUGGCUUACCGGGGCCUUUGUGUGCCGAAAAUGUUUUGGUUUUGUUUCUGUUUUUUUUUUUGAAAGGAGCUGUCCCAAAAGACAGGAUGUUAGCUUUAUUGUGGCUAAACCCCUUCACGACGUUCAACUUUCUGACAUGAGUUAUUUCCUAUAAUAGCUCUCUGUGGGGAAAAAAAAAUAAUAAUCUGCCGAUAACCAGAAAAAAGAAAGUGUAAAAACAAAAAAAAGUAACGAU